AUGAAAAUCGCUGUGGUCGGCCUAGGUGGAACAGGCAGUGCUGCGCUUCGUUUUCUAGCGCAAGCUGGUCAUCAAGCAGUUGGUUACGAACAAUUUCAUAUUGGUCAUGAACACGGCAGUUCACAUGGUGAAUCACGAAUUAUUCGUUAUACUUAUCCAGAUUUAUUGUUUACUCAAAUGAUGGGUGAUGCGUACAAAUUAUGGUUCGAACUCGAAAAAGAAGCCGAUGAAGAACUGUUCGUGCAAUGUGGUGGAUUGUAUUUUGGUGAUAAGGACGAUCCACAGGUAACUCUAACGGAGCAAGCACUGAUCGAUACUAAUUUACCUUACGAACGAUUAACUCCCAAACAAGUUCGAGAAAAACAUCCGGCAUUUCAUUUGCGACCUAAUGAUGUUGCUCUGUAUCAAAAAGACAGUGGCUUUCUACGUGCAACUCGAUGUGUACAAGCAAAUAUUCGUCUAGCAAAGAAACACGGUGCUAUCGUUCACGAAAAUACAAAAGUUCAAGAAGUUACAACGAAAGAAAAUCAAACAUUUGUUCGAACAACUCUUGGCAACGAAGAAGAAUUCGAUCGUGUGAUUGUUACUGCUGGUCCGUGGAUGAGCACACUAUUUAAACAGUUGAAUUUACCGUUGAGACCCACUCGACAACAGAUUGUCUAUUUGAAUAUCGAAGAUCAUCCAAAUUACUUUCAACCCGAUGGAACAUUUCCCGUCUGGAUCGAUUCUACCGAGAAUCUCUACGGUUUUCCAAGUGACGGCCAAAUAACUGGAGUUAAACUAGCGUACCACCAUCCAGGAACAUUAAUCACUGAUUUAGACGCUGAACGUGCGCCAGUCGAUGAGAACUAUAUUGAAGAAGUGCAAUCUUACGCAAGAAAACGCUUUCCGAACUUAAGUUCACAAGUAACCUACAGUCAAACCUGUGUGUAUACAAACACACCCAACGAAGAUUUUAUCAUUGAUCGUGCAUCGGAUCAAUCCAAUGUAUUCUUAGUUAGCGGUUGUUCGGGUCAUGGAUUUAAAUUUACUGUGCUAUUAGGAAAGAUCAUUUCCUCGAUGGCCACUGAUGAUCCUAGUUAUGAAAGGGAUCUCACACGUUUUAAACUUAGUAGCUUUUGA